AUGGCGUCUCCAAGCCUGAGCGAAGCCACCGUUUGGGACCCGUUGGGAAUGAAUAGUCCUGCUGGACGAGCCCUCGUCAUCCUCCGUCCAGAGAAUGAAGCCGCCAAGUUGGCCUUUUCCGACGUUGUCGAUUUCAUUAAAGAACAAGGAGAUGCCAAAAGCGAGGGCGAUUCGACCGACGUCCGGAGUCACUACGCUAAAUUCAUGUGGUUCUCCGACGACCAGAUCUUUGAUAGUGCAGUGUCUCGAUUUUCCAAUCAAAUGUCUCUUCUUGAGAGCUCCUCUUCGUCUGUAUCCAGUAGUGGUGAAUCGCAUCCGACAAUGAUCUGGACAGGAUUCUUCUUUCUUGACGCAAAUAAAAAACCAAUUCAUUCCGACUUGGGAUGGUUGGUCGGUCGUCUCAGCAAAAAGAGUGUCUCGUUUGCCCAACCCACCGUUGACCUGGUGCUCACGGUCAAACGGUUCGGCAAUGUUGCCAGAAGACACGCCGUCAUUAGCUUCUCCAAAGAGACACACCUGGCGACUGUAUCUCUUGAAUCAGGAAGCUCUGCUAUUGUUAAUACCCAAACUCUGACGUCUAGGCGCAGUGUUGCAGGCUGUACUGUCGCUGUAAAUCGUGUCAAUUUUGGAGAUUUGCUGUACUCCCUCGAAUACACCUCGUUCUGUCGCCUACCUCACGGCCAAGAAGACCUAGAAGACAUCAUUACAGCAAUCCACGGUGAUGACCGGCCUACCAAGGAAGUAUUACAAGCAACCCCCACCCCCCAAACGACAAAUGCACAGAGUAUAGGGAAAUAUACAAUCACGGGUGGCUUGACGGGACGGGGCGCUUUUGGUCGUGUUCGUCCGGCCGUUGGUCCAGAUGGACAAAAGACUGUCGUCAUAAAGACGAUAGAAGCCAGGCCUAACAGAGUGCAGUAUACUCGAGACAAAAUUGAGCUGAUGGAAUUCAUUGGACAACGUUCCAAAGUCGAAAAUCAACAUAAUGUUUUAUCAUUGAUCGAAAGUAUUUAUAUACAAGGACGACAAGUAGAUGAGUUCCACAUUGUUCUGGAGCCUUAUGUCGGGUUCACGCUGUCCGAAAUACCCAAGGACACACACUCUACAAAGUACGAACUCAUCUUACACGACUGUCUCCGAGGGCUUGCUUUUCUACAUUCACACAGCGUAGUACAUACGGACAUGAAACCACCAAAUAUCGGACUCGUGGAUUUUCACAGGGAUGAAAUGCACAAGCCGGCCCAGCUAGCGUCUUAUUCACGUCCUCCACGUACCGUUAUCCUUGAUAUUGACUCCAUGGAACAGAUUCCCAAUGGUCAAACUGCCAUUAAAGCAAGACCUGGAGCGAAUGGGACAGUUGGUUUCCAUUCUCCAGAGCAUGAAAUGUCAGAGUAUGAUGGCAGAACAGAUAUCUGGGCUUUAGGAGUCAGCCUUUUUCGAGCGAUCUUCGGUGCGCUGCCAUGGUCAUAUGGCCCGGAAGGCAAUCCAUGGAGAGAGGAUUGCAAAGUCUUUGAAGCCCGAGACAAAUUCCAUGCUCGAUACGGCAAAUCCGUGAACAAGGUUGCUAACCACUAUCACGUCCUAGGCGAGCCCAUAUGCGAUUUCUUGAUUGCUGCCUUUCGUUUUCCAGACUCGGAAAUAGCUGCGCAGAGGAGAAUCCGACCAACGAGCGCUGAGUGCGUUGACCUUGUAGAAAAGUCCGAAUUAUUGAAGGAAAGAUUGAAAAGAGAAGCAAAGAUAGCUACUGGGGCUACUGAAGCUAUUAACGACACUUGGGGAAAUAAACGCCCGGCAUCAGACUCCUAUGAGCAGAUUAACAAGAGGGAAACUGACUUUAGAUAG